AUGGCACAUGGCUGGUUUGGCUCACAUACUUCCGGUCCUUUAGCUCCACACUAUCUCGAAGUGGGAAGCUUGGAUAACGAUAACUUUGAUAAACAAGGUCCUCGCGACCGGCAUAUCUCCGCUCGUUUCCCCGCAUCUAUGCUGCGUGAUACCUCGGAGCAAGAUCGUGGGUCGAAGUAA